AUCGGCAAUUUCCGGCAUAUUUCGUAGCAAUGUCCGAGAGAACAGAUAACGGCAUGAAAGCGAGAGUGAUUCUCCAGCAGUGUCUGCAUGCACGACUGCAGGUCAAACCUCCAGAUGCUGAGAGUGAAGCUGAAUGGGUUGAGAUUAAUAGGGGAAUGGUUAUCUACAUCUGCUUUUUCAAAGGUGCAACUGAAGAUAUAAUCCCCAAAAUGGUGAACACAUUGCUGAACACGAAGCUUUGUGAGACAGAAUCUGGAAAGUACACUUCAGUCCUUCAGCUACCAGGCAGUGUUCUCAUAGUACCGCAAGCUAUGCUUGGAGGAAAACCAAAAGGAAAAGGGAUGCAGUACCAUGGCAACAUUGGGAAAGAUGAAGGCUUGAAGCUCUACGACAGCUUUGUGUCUCAUAGUCAAAAUGAACUCUCAACCUGCAAGAACAGUGACACUGUUACAGAGCUCAAACAUGGAACGUAUGGGAACAGACAAGUCCUGAAGCUGGAUACAAACGGACCUUAUACUCAUCUAAUGGAGUUUUAAGAAUUAUACAAUUUCUGCUUGUAGAUCAGUAAUAUAUGAGUAUAUUAAGGACAUUGACCUAUACGGAUCAUUCAGAAGCAUGAAAAGAUUGUUAAUACACAUUUUUAGCUCCAAAUUACAAUUUAUGCAAUGCAUACACCUGGUGCCUGUGUCUAUGUCUGUUUUCUAUCUAUCUAUCUAUCUAUCUAUCUAUAUUGUACUUGCUUAUCUAAUAAAA